ACUAUAUACUUACUCUUAUUCUCUCAUUAUUUCCACUUUAUCAACCAAAAUUAUAUCUUUCUCUCUCUCUCUCUCUCUCUCAUUCUCUGUGCAAAACUUCCCCUCAGGCCAGGCCAGGCCAAGUUGAUCAUCUCUCUUUCUCUCUCUCUCUCUCUAAUCAAAUUAUGGUACAAUCCAGAAAAUUCAGAGGAGUCAGGCAACGCCAGUGGGGCUCUUGGGUGUCAGAAAUUCGCCACCCUUUACUGAAGAGAAGGGUGUGGCUGGGGACAUUUGAGACGGCUGAGGCUGCAGCUCGGGCAUACGACCAGGCAGCUAUAUUGAUGAAUGGUCAAAAUGCUAAGACCAAUUUCCCUUCUCCUCAAAAAACUAGUGCUAGUAAUUGUGGUGAUGAUGAUCAUGAUCAUGUUCAACAAGAAGAGAGUAAUAUUAUUAAUGGUAGUGGUGGUGCAGGACCGUUGUGCCCAAAGGCCCUUUCGGAGUUACUUAGCAUUAAGCUAAGGAAGUGUUGCAAAGACCCUUCUCCUUCCCUCACUUGUCUUAGACUCGACAACGACAAUUCACACAUUGGUGUGUGGCAGAAGCGCGCUGGAUCUCGCGCUGGCUCUGAUUGGGUUAUGAGAAUUGAGCUCGGCAGCCACAACAAAAGUACCAACACCAACACCAAUACCAACACUGCUGCUACUACUACAACAACUACUACUAUUUCAGAUAUUAAUGAUGAUCUUGAUCAAGAAUAUUGGGAUGAUGGUGAUGGUCAUGAUCAUGAUGAUAUUGGGAAGUUGACUAAGUCAACGAGAGUUGGGAGUGGCAGUAAUUGUACGGAUCAGGAGAUCAUCUUCAAUAAUAAUGAUAAUGAUAAUGAUGAUGAUGAUGAUGAUAUUGAUCACGUGACUGUUGCUGAAGCUAAUAAGAAUGUGGAAGAGGAUAAAAUUGCAAUGCAGAUGAUUGAAGAACUACUUAACUGGAAUUAUCCUAUUUCUUCUUCGGCUCAAGAUAUCAUUCCUCAUCAUCCUCCUCCUCCUCCUCAUCAUCAACAACUUAAUUAAUGAAGCUUAUAUAUGUUAUUAUUGUUUAAUAAAUUAAGUCAUCAUCGAUCGAUCCAUCAUCAUCAUCAAAUUUAUAAUUAUUAGAGAUAUCUAUCAAUCUAGCUAAUAGCAUGCCCGCGCAUAUAAAUAUAAUUAAGUAAUUGUUUA